UUUUUCAACAGCUUUCGUCAAACAUGGUUCCGACAUUUGUAUCUGGAAUAGUGCUAAUUCUACUGCUACUAUCGACACUUCAGGUGCCGAUGGUGGCAUGCAGUGCGUUGAGCCGUCUUCCAGUCCAACGUGUGUGUAGGUCUGAUGGUGACUGUGCCCAGAACGAGUGUUGUGGGAUACAGACUGGCCCUCUGAUUGUCAGCAAACGUCAGCUCAGCUCCAUGCAGGGAACAUGCAAGCCCUACUUAAACGAAAAUGAAUGGUGUUUCGGCCAGUGGAAACAAAAUGGCGACUGCGGCUGCGCAUCGUCUCUCAUGUGCCAGUAUUUCCCGCCAUCCACAAUAACUCCUAUCCAAGCCAUUGGGAAACGCAGACCAGCACCUGGGAAAUACCUCUGUAAACAAAAGCAGUGAGACUCAAAGAUGAAAAUUAUAUGCUUUGGAUGAUCAUAGCUAACGAAAUAAGUUAGAUCAAUACACAAUAAAGGCCCAUGGACUGUG